UGAUACCGAUAAAGCAAUAUAUUCAUCUAGAUAUUUUUCUUCAAGAAGCAUAUAACAAUACAGACAAUGUCAUCAAGAGUGGUGUUGUUACUUUAAGAUAUGUGUGGUGCUCUAAUGGCUUCAGCGAGUAGGUUCUAUUUCUACCAAUUCCUUUCUAUAAUACUUCUUGUCGCAUUCCUUGCUAGAGAAUCAACAACCUUGGCCAAUGGAUUCUCAAUCAAGGAAGCAACAGUGCAUGAACUCCAACUUGCUUUCCAAAGAAACCAAUUAACAUCAAGACAACUUGUUGAAUUCUACCUCAACCAAAUCAAAAUCCAAAACCCAGUUCUCAAAGGGGUGUUGGAGGUGAAUCCAGAUGCAUUAGCUCAAGCAGAUAGAGCUGACCAAGAGAGAAGAACUAAAGCACCAGGUUCUCUUUCAGGGUUGCAUGGAAUACCUAUUUUGGUAAAGGAUAACAUUGCAACUAAGGAUAAGUUGAACACUACUGCAGGCUCUUUUGCACUUCUUGGAUCAGUGAUGCCAAGAGAUGCAGGUGUUGUUACCAAGUUAAGGAAAGCUGGGGCUAUCAUAUUAGGGAAGGCCACUUUGAGUGAGUGGUCACAUUACAGGUCUAGUAAAGCUCCUCUUGGUUGGAGUGCUAGAGGUGGACAAGGAAAAAAUCCAUAUACAUUGGAUGAACCGUGUGGAUCAAGUAGUGGAUCAGCAAUAUCAGUAGCAGCAAACUUAGUGACUGUGUCACUUGGUACAGAAACACAUGGCUCUAUUUUAUGCCCUUCAAGUAUGAACUCAGUAGUAGGUAUCAAACCAACAGUUGGUCUCACCAGUAGAGCAGGUGUAGUUCCAAUUAGCCUGAGGCAAGACACCGUUGGGCCAAUUUGCAGGACUGUAUCAGAUGCUGCUUAUGUUCUUGAAACCAUAGCAGGCAUAGACACUGAUGAUAAUGCAACAAUUGAAGCAUCAAAGUAUAUCCCAAAAGGUGGCUAUGCUCAGUUUCUAAAGAAAGAUGGACUAAGAGGAAAGAGAUUAGGAGUAGUGAGACUAUUUUAUGAGUUUGGAAAUGACACUUUACUGGAUGAAACUUUCAAUUUACACCUAAAAACGUUAAGGCAAAGAGGUGCAGUUUUGGUUGACAAUUUGAAGAUUGAUACCAUUGAUGAAAUUAUCGGUUAUCGAAGUGAAGAGAUUUCUCUGAGUUUUGAAUUCAAAUUAUCAUUGAACGAGUACCUGAAAGACUUAGUUGCUUCACCAGUGAAAAGCUUGGCAGAUGUGAUAGCCUUCAACAAGGAACACCCAAAAUUGGAGAAAAUCGAGUAUGGACAAGAUAUCAUGUUGCAAGCUGAAAAAACAAAUGGAAUUGAGGAAGCACAGAAACAAGCAUUAUUAAACUUGACAAGAUGGUCACAAGAUGGGUUUGAGAAACUCAUGAAAAUAAAUGAACUUGAUGCUGUGGUAACACCUUUUUUUUCCUUUAGUGACAUACUUGCUAUUGGAGGUUAUCCUGGAGUGAAUGUUCCAGCAGGAUAUGAAAAGGGUGUGCCAUUUGGAAUUUGCUUUGGAGGUUUGAAAGGGUCUGAACCUAAGUUAAUUGAAAUUGCUUAUUCGUUUGAGCAAGCAACUUUGAUCAGAAAGCCACCUCCCCUUCGAAAGUUGGAAGUUUGAAGUGGUAAUGUUCUUUGAAAUCCCGCUCCACUUCCUAUGAAUAUGAUUGCAUCUUCUCAUCCGCUAGUAAAUUGAGCUGAAAAACUUACAUUACGCUUGCAAUGCAUGAACUGUACCUGUAAGAAAGUCAAAUUAUAACAUUGUUGAUUGGUCUGAAAAUCUACCUUAAAAAAAGGAUUUACAUGUAUGAUGAAGUUGUAUUCAUGGAAAUCAUGACAGAAAAUAAUGCAAGAAUCAAGAAAUAUACCAGAAUUUUCCCUUGACA